UUGUUUGUAUUGACCGCUCCGUCACCGUCGCUCCCUCCGAAACCCCAACUCCUUCCUUCCUCUUUAUAACCGUUUCUCCCAUUUUCACGCGAAACUCGCUUUAUCCGUUUCGCUCUCUCUCCUCAAUCCCAAUUCCCAACGCAAAUUGCUGAAAGUUAAAAAUUAAAAAUCUAAAUGAAACCCCUAACAAUAAUCCCAACCGCAACCGUAACUGCCGCCGUUCUCUGCCACCACGUCAGCACCACGGCCCGAACCCAAUUCCAGCAUUCCCCAACUCUUUCCGUAUAAUUCCAUAUGCAUCCCUUCUGCUGUGUCUCCACGCUUUCCGAUCACUCCUCGGACCUCCACAUGUCCUCCUUCGGCUCCAGAUCCGACACGCACAUCCGCCCUGCGAAACUCGACCCGAAUAGCAAUCACAGCAACAGCUUCACCCAUUCCACCGCCGACUACGGCCGCCUCAGCCAGCGGACUACGGCGGCAGCGGCCGCGGCAGCCGUCGCAGCCGCAGAGGUUGUGGCUCGGCCGCCCUCGGCUCGGGAGCAGCCUGUAGACGUCAAGAUAAACGACAUCGUCGGGAAUGGCGUUUCGGGGAUUCUGUACAAGUGGGUGAAUUACGGCAAGGGGUGGCGGCCGAGGUGGUUCGUGUUGCAGGAUGGAGUGUUGUCGUAUUAUAAGAUUCAUGGCCCCGAUAGGAUUGUCGUUAGCGUUGAGACCGAGAAAGGCUCGAAAGUCAUCGGCGAAGAAUCGAUGCGGAGGAUUUCGAGGCACAGGAGGAAUGGUACUCCUCACCAGCUUCGUCGCAAGCCCUUCGGCGAAGUCCAUCUCAAGGUUUCGAGCAUCCGCGAAAGCAAAUCAGAUGAUAAGAGAUUCUCGAUCUUCACAGGCACCAAGAGGCUGCAUUUGCGGGCAGAGUCGCGAGAAGAUCGAUACGCGUGGGUGGAAGCAUUGCAGGCCGUGAAAGACAUGUUCCCGCGGAUUUCUAACAGUGAGUUGAUGGCUCCGGUGGACAAUGUCGCUGUUUCAACCGAGAAACUGAGGCAGCGACUUGUGGAAGAAGGUGUGACGGAUGCAGCCAUUCAGGACAGUGAACAGAUAAUGAGGACUGAGUUUGCAGCGCUACAGAACCAGCUCCUACUGCUCAAGCAGAAGCAGUGGCUCUUAAUCGACACGCUGCGACAGUUAGAGACAGAAAAGGUAGAUUUGGAGAAUACAGUGGUUGAUGAGAGCCGUCAGUUGAAAGAUGGUGGGGCUUCUGCUAGAUCAAGGCAAGACAAAUUCAGUGAAGGAAGUGCAAGUGACUCUGACGAGGAUAAUGGAAGAGUUGAUGAUGCUGCAGAGGAAGAAACAGAUGAAGAGGACAAUGCUUUCUUUGAUACUCGUGAUUUUCUUUCAUCAAGUUCUUUCAAAAGUAAUGGGUCCGAAUAUCGGAUAUCAUCUGUCUCUUCAGAUGAUGAAGGGAUAAAUGCCAUUGAAUCAGAAGAUGGUAUCGAUCCAUCCAUGAGAUCAGUUGGAGCUAACUUUCCUUUCAUCAAGCGGCGUAAGAAAUUGCCUGACCCUGUUGAAAAAGAGAAGAGUGUCAGUCUUUGGUCAAUGAUUAAGGAUAACAUUGGGAAGGAUCUCACAAAAAUCUGUCUUCCUGUAUACUUUAAUGAGCCUCUGUCUACUCUACAAAAAGGUUUUGAGGAUUUGGAAUACUCAUACCUCCUUGAUCGAGCUUAUGAAUGGGGUAAAAGGGGUAAUAGUCUUAUGAGGAUUCUUAAUGUGGCUGCUUUUGCGGUUUCUGGAUAUGCAUCAACUGAAGGAAGGAUUUGCAAGCCAUUCAAUCCAUUAUUGGGGGAAACAUUUGAGGCUGACUAUCCAGACAAAGGCCUCCGGUUUUUCUCAGAGAAGGUUAGUCAUCAUCCCAUGAUUAUUGCUUGCCACUGUGCGGGUAAAGGAUGGAAAUUCUGGGGAGACAGCAAUUUGAAGAGUAAAUUCUGGGGUCGCUCAAUUCAGCUUGAUCCUGUUGGUGUUCUGACCUUGGAAUUUGAUGAUGGGGAAGUUCUUCAAUGGAGUAAAGUUACGACAUCCAUUUACAACCUCAUUUUGGGAAAGCUGUACUGUGAUCACUAUGGUACGAUGCGAAUACAGGGAAAGCAUGAGUUUUCAUGUAAGCUGAAAUUUAAGGAGCAGUCUAUCAUUGACCGAAAUCCUCACCAGGUACAUGGUAUAGUUCAAGAUAGGAAUGGGAAAACGGUAGCAACAAUGUUCGGAAAAUGGGAUGAGAGCAUGCACUUUGUGAAUGGAGACUGUUCAGGGAAGGGAAAAGGAUCUGAUUCUUUAUCUGAAGCCUGCCUGCUCUGGAAGAGGAACAAGCCACCCAAGUUUCCAACCAGAUAUAACUUAACACGCUUUGCCAUCACAAUGAAUGAACUCACCCCUGGACUUAAGGAGAAGUUGCCCCCAACAGAUUCAAGGCUCAGACCCGAUCAAAGGUAUCUGGAAAAUGGGGAGUAUGAAAUGGCAAAUGCAGAGAAGUUGAGGCUAGAGCAGAGGCAACGGCAGGCUCGAAAGAUGCAAGAGCAGGGUUGGAGGCCGCAGUGGUUUGCAAAGGAUAAAGGAAGCGACACAUACCAGUACAUCGGUGGAUAUUGGGAGGCAAGAGAAAAAGGACAUUGGGAUUCAUGUCCUGACAUUUUUGGCCAAGUCCCUUGUGAACCGCUACUUGAGUAAAAAGUUACAUUGCCCUUGUGGUUUACUAAUUCUUUUUUCAUUUUUUUUACUCAAUGGGGUGGUGAAUACUGCUGAUUGAUUGCAAGCAGGUGAAAAAGGGUACCCCAUGAUUUGCAUAUAAAGUAAAUUGAAUGAAAGGUCUUGCCAGUCAAUAAAAUGAAAUUCUUUCA